AUGGCCACCACAUUCAAUUGGACCGCCAAUUGUACCGCCCUAGCGGCGGCCAUAACCGCCGUCUUCAUCUUCUGGACCUUCUCCUCAACCUCCUCCUCCCCCUUCACAAGAUCCUUCCCGCGGCUCCAAAACAAGCGCAUCUGCCUGCUCAUCGCCCACCCGGACGACGAAGCAAUGUUCUUCGCGCCAAGCGUGCUAGCCCUCACAAAACCCGAACUAGGCAACCACCUAAAAAUUCUCUGUCUCAGCACCGGCGACGCGGACGGCCUCGGCGCAACGCGCAAACUCGAGCUCCAGAAAUCCGCGACCCAGCUCGGCCUCCGCAGCGACGCGGACGUCUUCGUCGUGGACGACCCAGCGCGCUUCCCGGACGGAAUGGACAAGGACUGGGACGCAGGACAGAUCGGGUCGUUGCUGGCUUCGGCGUUCGCGCCGGAGAUGGCGGCGGCCAAAGCGGGGGCAGGAAAAGGAAAACAGGGUGCAAGGGAUAAGGCGCCGACGGCGACGAUUGAUGUGCUUAUUACGUUUGAUCAGCAUGGUAUUAGUAACCAUCCGAAUCAUCGGUCGUUGUUUCAUGGGGCUGUCGGGUUUUUGAGGGCGCUUAUGAAGGGGAAUGAGGGCUAUGCUUGUCCGGUUACACUUUAUACGUUGACUACGACGUCGAUUCUGAGGAAGUAUAUUGGUGUUCUGGAUGCGCCGCUUACUAUGUUUAUGGGGGUGUGGAGUAAUAUUGGGGCUGGGUUGAGGCAGAAGAAAGCUGCGGCGGCUGGUCCUGCGCGGCUGUUGUUUGUUAGCUCCAUCAAUGACUGGUUGACGGCGCAGUCGGCUAUGGUUAUCUGUCAUAAGAGUCAGAUGGUCUGGUUCCGCUGGGGGUGGAUUACCAUUGGGAGAUAUAUGACUGUCAAUGACCUUAAGCGGGAGAAGGUCUAG